UUUUGAAUGGCACUGUAUUUUAGCCUGCCUGGAGGGCAAGGGUCGCCCGCGGCGACUUCACAGUCGCCGCUAGCUAAGGCUGCUCUUAGAUAAGCAGCCAGCUAAACAAACUCCGCAGGAGCUCUCGAUAGGCAAAUUCAUAAGCCCCUAUCUAGAUGCUCGAGCCUGACCCUCUGAGCUAGGCCAAGUCUACCCAGCCCCCCCGUUGUCAGUGUUCCCCUCCAGCGCCCCUGUGGAAAGAGCAGCCUCGGGCACCGCCGGGCAAGUUCGGACCCCCUCCGCCAACCUCGCGGCCAGUCGGUGCCCGAACCGCCGCCUUUAGCUGGACCGCAGCCACACAGGGAAGAAGAGUUCAGCCCCAGGACGGAUCAGGGUCCGGCCUCCAUCGGCAGCGGCCUUCAGAGGAGCUCGCUCCGGCAACUAGGUCACUCUAGUGCCCUGGUCGCGAAGAUGUCGGCCUCCAACGUCAGCUUGCUGCACGAGGCAACCCGGCAGGUCGCGGCCGGAGGGUCUGCAGGUCUUGUAGAAAUUUGCCUGAUGCAUCCUCUCGAUGUGGUGAAAACCAGGUUCCAGUUGCAGAGAAGUGUAACAGACCCACAAAGCUAUAGGACCUUAAGAGGCAGCUUUCGGAUGAUCUUCCGAACAGAGGGGUUGUUUGGCUUUUACAAGGGAAUUAUCCCACCCAUUUUAGCUGAAACACCAAAAAGAGCAGUCAAGUUUUCCACCUUUGAGCUGUACAAGAAGUUUCUGGGACAUAUGUCACUAUCACCGGGACUGAUAUUUCCCAUUGCUGGAUUAGGAUCUGGACUGACAGAAGCUGUUGUGGUUAACCCUUUCGAGGUGGUAAAAGUUGGCUUGCAGGUCAAUCAGAACAUGUUCACAGAGCAACCAUCCACUUUUGCUUAUGCAAGACAAAUCAUUAAGAAGGAAGGCUUGGGGCUCCAGGGCCUCAACAAAGGAUUUACAGCAACUCUGGGACGUCACGGAAUUUUCAACAUGGUCUAUUUUGGCUUCUACCACAAUGUCAAAAAUAUUAUUCCAUCCAGUAAGGAUCCAACCUUGGAGUUUUUCAGAAAAUUUGGGAUUGGUUUUGUCUCAGGGACAGUGGGCUCAGUCUUUAACAUCCCCUUUGAUGUUGCGAAGAGUAGGAUCCAAGGGCCCCAGCCAGUUCCUGGAGAGAUCAAGUACCGAAGCUGCUUCAAAACAAUGGAGAUGGUCUACCGGGAAGAAGGGAUUUUAGCCUUAUACAAAGGCCUGCUCCCUAAGGUGAUGAGACUUGGACCAGGUGGUGGGGUGAUGUUGCUGGUGUAUGAACACACCUAUGCAUGGCUGCAGGAAAAGUGGUGAUGGAUUGAGAAGCGCUUUCCUCUUGGCAUAACAGAUCUGCAGCCCCAGGAAGAGAAGACAAGCAAGACACACCCAUGAAGAGGGGAAGAGAGCCUGCCCAGGAGCAAAGCCUGUUUCGAUGUUUUAUAAAUUUUUAGACAAAUUGACAUGAUAGUUUGGGCCAUAUACAUAACACUGUGGGAAGGAAAGUAACAUGAAGCAGUGGGGUUUGUGAGUUAGGGAUCAAUAGGGCAGAGACCAGACACAGUUCAUAAAAAGCUAUACAGAGUGUCUAGCUCAUGCUAUUUCACCAUGAAAACUCAUUUGAUAAUUCCUCUGAAAAGGUCCAUAAAUCCAUAAAUUCUUGAAAAUAAAUUGUUCUGCAGCUAGUUUUCUGAGAAUUAUUCAAAGAAAGACUGAGAUAUAAGUCAAAAUUUAAACACAUUUCAUAAGGAAUUACUUUUCCAUAAAUUAUAUUUUAAAAAGAAGUAAGAAAAAAAUUUAAAUACACCAAAACAGCUUUUAAGAAUGUUUAAUUUUGUGAGUGCUGAGUAAAAAUGUGAGUCUAUUGAUUUUCUUUAGUAAUUAAUAUACCCUCAGGCUCUAUUUCCCUAAAUGUAUUUUAUAUUUCACAUGAUGACUUACGUGGAUAUUUUAAAAUCAUGCUAUUUGAAGACUUUUAUUAAAAAUAGAGUACAUGAUAUUAUAUUAAACUUCUUUCUUUUACAUAGUUCAUUUUGAAAACAAGAUUUGUUACUAAUUUUUUUGGGGGGGGUUAGGUCACAAAUUGAGUGUACUCUUCGGGCCCUUCUCUGUUAGGUCACAAAUUGAAUGGACUCUUCGGGCCCUUCUCUGUUGUUCAAACAUGCCUCCAAACACCCAUCCUUAAAGAGGAUGCAGGGAAUAAAACUAUCUCCAUAUUCCUACUGUUAAGUCACAUUGUGGAGUAUAAGACUAUUUAGAAUAUUAAAAUGUCUACAUUAAGUGGCAAAUGUCUCAAAAGUGAAAAUACAUUCUUGAGCAUUUCCAAGCACUCAUGUACUAAUAUGUAUUCUGAAAACAAAACAAAACAAAAAGGUAGGUUUUUUGGUCUUGAUAUACCCAAAGCUUAUUUUUAUGUCUGCACCAUGUAGCUAUGGUCAAGAAAAAAAUCACAACAUGUUUUAGAUGACACCUGUUCUUAACACCUCCUGUGGGGUAUUUCCACUAGAGGCAAUCUCACCAAAACAUUUUGAAAAUAAACAGUGAAGAUGACAU